UUUAAACUAUUUUGUAAAAUUAUAUUUACAUAAAUUAAUUCAAUACUAAUGUCCACAACGAUGGCAAUCAUGAGAGCCUGUUAUCCAUAUUUGGUGCUGGCGUUCCUACUGUUGCCAAUCAUAAGUUGUGAUAACACUCUCAACAAUAAUGUUCGUCUUAAUGACGAGAAUCCUAAUAAAAUUAGCGGUAAUAACCCAAAUGACAAGAGUCUGAAUCUAGAGCUCACAAUGGACUCAGAUCUGAUCGACAAUACCAUUAUUUCAUCGUUAUAUCAGCAACAGGUCUGUCGAAGAAAUAUGGUCAAUAUGGUCUAUGAGUUAUGCAGACCUUACUUCAGAGCAGUUUUCAAUGCAUUCAUCUCUAUUGCUGCGACCGGAGAUUUGCUCAUAACUGCGUUGGUUGUGGUCAUUCGUAUGUCCUGUGAUAGGAAUACAUGUCUCCUCAUUGUUGUGACCACUAUAUGA